AAUAACCUUCCGGUUCCGGUGUUGCUAUGCAACGAGUCAACAAAGUACAGAGGCGGAGGCUGUAGACAGAUGCAGAAAUGUCGUCCAGUUACUCAGCAAACCAGUAUGACAGUGCCUUCCGGUCGCAGAGGCUGCAGAACUGGUGUGAGACUAAGCACUUCAAAGAGAGGCCCACUGCACAGGAGGGUCACACCACCUUCAUUGCCGAUAAUAGAGGACAUCUGCUCCCAGGAGUGGUAAAGAGGGGCAGUGCAUGGCCAGACUUUAAGGGGACCUGGGAUCUACCUGCUCGUAUCCCAGCCCACAACAUCAACCCUACAGGCCGCUCUCUGGAGGGUCUCAACAGGCUGAAGUCCUGGGGCUUUGACCCACGGCACACUGGCAAGUCUCAGCCACGCAGAGGCGGAAAAACCCCAGAUGGGCUGCAGAGUGUUGGUGAACAGACCAAUGGCGGUGUACAGCUGGACAAUGCUGCCCUGUCCUCUGCAGCUGAAGCCCGACCAGCAUCUCAGAACCUCCCUGUCACUGAAGGCGAGAGAUCUGCCAGCCAAAACCAGGACUUGCAGGCAGUUGUGGUUGGAUCCAUCGGUCAGCCCGCUGAAGAAAAACGAGCUAAUCAAGCUACUGGGAAAGUCAGGCCACUGAGUCAGUGCUCUGCAGCUGAAGAGAAUCCAGCUUUGAGGCCUGCUGCUGGAGAGGGGAGAUCAGUGAGCCAUGUGGCGGAGAAAGUAGCCAGCCAAAGAGCACCAUCAUCCACCAAACAAACACACAGAGAUGCACAACAAGACCAGUGAAUUUCUUCAUUGAGUUCUUAGUGGAUGAAAAAAAAACCAGACAAAAAUAAAUACCCAAUAACUGUACCAGUUUUGACUUAUUGUGGCAUGGCUGAGUGUACUGAGGUAGACUAACUUGUGGGAGAGAAACAGGAUUUGGGGGUAAUAAAAUAGAUGUGCCCCUGGUCAAAGGGUUGAGUUUUAUGAUAGGAAGAGCCAGGGGGAAGGCACAGAUGGAAGGACCAUUUGGUGAGAGAGACCUGGAGUUACAGGAGUAACAUUUGCAAGACACAGGGGGUUUUAUUGUUUGUGAUGUAAUGAGAUGUACUGGAAUGUAUAUAAGGGAGAGCAUUUUGGAAGUCGAGAGAGAACAUCCACGACGUGACCUUCUCUCCAUGCAGCAUGAAUUAAAGUGACUUGAUUAUCACACCGGCUUGAAAGUUCUUCAGAGACUUAGCACCUCUCACGUUUGAGAAGAAUUUCCACUACAAACUCAUUAAUCAUGGUCAGCAGUGAAAAAAAUAUAGAAAGGUUUUCUUAAAAUACCUGUUUGUCAUAGAUGUUUGUUGUGACUACUGACUGGAAGGCUUUUCUUUUUCCAAACCCACUUUACACUGGCUAUAGCCACACAUCUCCUCCCUCCUCUCUUUCUCUGUGUUUUCUACCUCUUUUGUGGUUACUUUUUCUCUUGUCCCUGCGGAGUGGUUUAUUUGGAGUGACCGCAGGUUCUUAAAAAGUCUAAAAUCCAAUCAUCUGAAAUGUAGGCCUUUAGAUGUCUUAAAUGUGAUUUUGACAGACUAUUGAACUUAAUGUUUCUUGUAUAAAAGUUGUAUUUUCCAGUCUUGCUUUUAAAAUUGCCCUUGGCAGCCCCUCCAGGAGGUUGCGAUCAAUUAGCACAAAUUUAACCAAUUUACGUGAAUUCUGCACAACCUUGCAAUUGUAUCCAGUCACUGCAACUUUUCUGCAAAUUUGACCAAUCAUUGUAGUUUCCUUUGCAAAACAUUGAGCCACAUGUCACCAAACUCACCUCCUUGCUUCUAGUUGUGAAGAGGACACGAUAGCCUUUCAAGAAGCCUUCUCGGUUACAUGGAACUCCCUACAGUGAUAUUUUAUUCUCACUGGAACAAGUUGCCCUACAUUUUUAAUGAAUUAUAGAAAAAAAGUUUCACUUUCUCUCACAAUUUAAUUGCAAAAAAAUGCCUAAAACAUCACAAUUUUUUUUUUAGAAAAGCUUUGGAGAAAUCAGGCAUUAAAGGCAAUACCAAAAAAACCCACAAAAUCCUGGAGAGACUGUUCUGGGAAAAUUGUGUAUUGCUCAUUAUCUGAAAUUUAGGUAUUGAAAUGUCUUAGAUGAAUGAUGAUUAUCGAUUGGAUUAAUAAAGUUCAUAAUUACUUGUAUAAA